UGUAUGUCUGUAUUAUUUGACAGUGGUUGGUACUAGUGAUUCAUAACCUCACAUUCAGUUGGGUUCAUUCAUUUUUGUUCGGGUCAAAUUGUGAAUUGAGUACAAAUUCAAGGAGCUUUAAAAUUUGAACUUAAGUCGAAAGUUGCGUUAAUAAUAACAGUAAGUUGUGUGCAAUGGGUGUUACGUUGUGACAGUAUAAGAGAUACUAAGAAAGUGUGAUAGCUGUGUUAUUGCGGAAACAAAAUAUUACCUAAACCUAUUUGCACUAUGUGAUAAUUGUUAGCAUAUAUCAGCUUAUUAUUGAUUUGGCAGAACACAAAAAUUUAGAUCAAAUUAGGCUAAAUAAUAGGACAUUUACAUUAGGCUAUUUGCACACCAUUACAUAGUGUCCUAUAUGAAAAAAUGUUAACAAAUUUAAUUGUAUUUGCAUUUUUGUUGCUGUACAGUAAAGCCCUAGGUUAUGAAUCAAUUUUACUACAAAUUUCAUCGGGUGAAAAUAGUUGUAACAAAAAAGAAUUGUUCAGCAACUUCAGUUUGAAUGAAGUUUCACAAUUUGGUGUUACCUGUGACAUACCAACACCUAACAGCAACCGGGUGGAGUUUCUAUUAAAAGACAAUGUUAUCCCUAUUUUGUGUAUGGGUAUGUAUGAUGUGUCAUUAAGGCUUUGCAAUUCAGCGUCUGGUAGCAUUACACAAUUCAGUGACAUUUUCCCACCGUCAACUGAAAAAUUCACCAAACUAUUUGAGAGGUUAGAAAAUGAAGGAGAAUUUUCCUCUUUAGAUGAAUUUUGUUCAGUUACUGUCCCAAGUAAUACAAUAGAAGAACCUUCUAGUAAUGUAACAAGUUUGUGGUGGUCAGUCCUUAAUAAGCAACUGAAGAAAAAUGAGAGCUGUUUGACAACUUGCCGCACAAAUGAAAACAACAGAGUUCAUCCGUUAUGUUCGUAUAUAAUUUGGUCAAAUGGAAUAUAUAAAAACUAUCUUAAAAAUCAAGAGGAAUCAAGGAGCAGUGUUCUAGGUGUAGGUGAGGAUCAAACAAGUUCAGUCACUAAAUCACCGCCAGUGAAGGAAAAUUUAGAUUUGAAUCAGCCUGAUAUUUCUAAGCUACAAAUUGCUCAGAAAGAAGUAACUAACAUAACACAGUCUGCUCCUGAAACUCAGGCCUUACCACAGAAAUCUAAUAUUGAACAAGCCACUGUAGCAGAGCUAUCUGUAAACAAGCAGGACAAUAUUCCUUAUGUCAUUAUUGGUCCUUCAGUACCUCUGAACGAGAAACCCACCAAAAAAAGUAAAUCUAGUAAGAAACAUUCUAAGACUAAGAAUUAUAACGAUGUGACUAAUUCUGGAUUAAUAGUGACAGGAGGUGGAAAAGACUCAAAAGACAAUAUUGAUAAUAAAGAUACGAACCAUGCUCUGUCACAACAUGAUGUUAUUGGCAGUGACACGAACCUGCUUCCACCACAAAAUGAUGAUGGCAACAAUGACUUGAAGCUGAAUCCACAACACAAUGUUGGCAAUAGUAUCACAAAUGUGGCUCAAACACAGCAUGAUGUUGGUAGUGUUGACAUGAGCAAGCCUCCACCACAGCAGGGUGCUGGAAGCCUCCAAUCAUCGCAACUCCAGGCUAAAACUGGGGACCCGAUGGUGGAAGAAGACUUCAGUUACGACCGCACCCAAGAUGGACUGGAAUCGGAUCCACCAAUUUCUGAAAAAGAUGCUUUGCAUAAUUAUCCAGGGGGAACAGAGGAUGACGAUGGGGAUGAUAUUGACAUUGAACCAGAAGGCAAGGUGAAAACUACACAAUACAGCAUUAUCAACAGCAACAUCGAUUCUGGAGCAGAACAGGGGGGAACAGAGGAUGAGGACGGGGAUGAUAUUGACACUGAACCAGAAGGCAAAGUGAAGACUACUCAGUACAGCAUUGUCAACAGCAACAUCGAUUCUGGAGCAAAUCAGGGCGCUGGAACCGGAGCCAAGCCGGAUCCCCUGAUUGAAGAAAUUGAGAAGAUCCAGAUGAAUGAUCCCUUCGUCGAGGCAGAGGAUUCCAACUUCUUCCUCUAUUUCCUGUGUGUGGCAGUGCUCACCAUCAUGACCUACCUGGUCUUCCACAACAAGAAAAAAUUGGUAGCCUUGGCCAUAGAAGGCAGGAAGACUAGAGGGUCUCGCCGCAGACCAAACUGUUCCAACUACAGCAAGCUGGAUUGUAGCCUGGAGGAGGCCAUGGUGUCCAACACUACAGCCUCUGUUACUCAUGUUCUAUACUGAACUAUAUGGAGUUUGCCACUGGUUUUCCUUCUUGAAUCUCAAGGUGUUUUGUAGUAGUGGUAAUUAUUGUGGAGUUUCGUAGCUAAACUCUUGAAAGAAUUGACAAGAGGUACUUGAAAGGAACCAUUAGAACUAAUUCUUUUUAAUAAAAAUUUGGAUGAAAGUAAUUCAUCCAAGAAAACAAAUUAAAAUAUAUGCAAUAUUUUCCUCUCUCAGAAAUCCUAAAAGAAGUAGCUUGUGUUUCAUUUUCUGAAGUUCAAGAAUCUUAUAACUUUUCUCCUCUCUUAUCAUAUUUUCAUAUUUAUGAAAUAGUUUUGAUCACUAUAGGAUGGCUAUUUUUUUAGUUGAAGGAGAGUACAAUCAGAUAAAGAAGGAUAAAAGAUUUAGGGAUAAAAAUCAUUACCGUCCACGACAAAGCAGGUAGCCCAAUGUAUUUAAGAACAUUAUUUUUGUAUGGGGCAGACAUUCACAAAUUGAUAAUUAGCUGCUAAUCAUGGAGAUGUGUCAAGUAUGAAGCAAGAAAUUCCUUUAUUAGUUUAAUUGCUUACAUUUAACUAUGAAUUAUAACGCUUUAUUACUUUUAAGUUUUAAUUUUUAAGUUAUUUUCUUAGGUCUUCAGUCAUAGGGAUUUUACAAAUGUAGUAGAUGUAUAUUUAUUUCUCAAGUACAUUAUGUUUAUUCAGUUUCAUCUUUAUAUUUCUUGACAAGUUUGUAAAGACCUGUUCUAAAUGAUGGGCAUUGAAUUAUUACUUGUAAAUCUAUAGUAAUCUAUUUAUUUAUUUCUGUUAGUAGAAGUUUAUAUCUAUUUAUUACGUUUGUUCCUUAUUUUAUAUAAUGCUUUAGCAAUUUAUACCUAUGCAUAGUAGUAAAUAUUAAUAAGAUUUAUGUGAUUUUCGUGUUGUAAAAAUCAGCCAUGAUUACGCAAUAUUCAAAAUAGCGUGAGAAUUGCAAUAAAUAGGAAAGUAAAUGUUUAUGGGACACCAAAAUUUGUUUUCAAUAUGUUAAUGUAGGGAAAUGUCAUAACAAUAUUGUAAGGCAAUAAGUGGUCUCUCGUGCUCUGAAGUUGAUUUGCAGUAUAGUAAUCUGAACCGUCGUCAAAUCUGGCGGCCACUGUCGGUAUGAAUGGGGACAUUUAAAUGUGUGAGGAAGGUUUCAUCGAUGUUGAUUUGUUUUGUACACUGAAUUUCUACCAAUGAAUGUACUAUUCAAUAAAAUGUUUGAGUCAG